UACAAAAAAAAAAAAAAAAAAACCCAAUUUCCCACAGCCUCUCUUUCUCUCUCUUUUUUUCAAAAGUGGGCAGAAGAAGCAAAUUUAAAGGUUCCAUCUCCUUCUCCAACUAGUCCAAGUCCAAUUCACAGUACAAGUAGUAAAGAGUAGGUAACUCACCACACCACACGCACUCUCGCUUUCACAUUCUCUGCAAACGAAAAUGGACUCCACACCUCCACAGCAGCUUCCGCCGAACUUCCUUCUGGGUCCCACACCUACCUCCUCCUCACACAAUCCUUUCUCCGCCGUCACUCCCACCUCCGGACCCCCUUCCUCCAUGAUUUACCGUUUCCCCUCUAAUUCCGUGGCUCCCACCAACUCUCCCGUUCCGGUCCCGGAACCCUUUGAUGGUGCACCAAACGCGGGUGCGUUUGACGGAUCAUCUUCUUCUUUGAGGCCUUGUGGACUCAACGUCGAUCCGGCUAAGAAGAAGCGCGGGCGGCCGAGGAAGUAUGCCCCCGACAACAACAUUGCUCUUGGACUCACACCUACGCCUACCUCCGUUGCUUCGGCUUCAUCUGCUUUGGUGGUCCAUGGCGAUUCUGGGGGUAACGGUGGUGGUACGCCGCCUUCUGAGCCUACUUUGAAGCGUCAACGUGGAAGGCCUCCUGGGUCUGGAAAGAAGCAGCUGGAUGCGUUGGGAGCCGGAGGAGUGGGUUUUACACCGCAUGUUAUAAUGGUGAAAGCUGGUGAGGACAUAGCAUCUAAAAUUUUGGCCUUUUCACAGCAAGGACCGCGAACAGUUUGCAUUCUGUCCGCAAAUGGUGCCAUAUGUAAUGUUACCCUCCGCCAUCCAGCGAAUGCUGGGGGUACAGUGACAUUUGAGGGACGAUAUGAAAUCAUCUCUCUAUCUGGUUCCUUCUUGCUUUCCGAAAGUAAUGGUAGUCGCAGCAGAAAUGGUGGUCUGAGUGUGUCACUUGCGGGACCUGAUGGCCGUGUGUUGGGUGGUGGAGUUGCUGGUAUGCUACUAGCAGCCACACCAGUGCAGGUUAUUGUUGGCAGCUUUAUUGCAGAGGCGAAAAAAUCAAAAAACAUUGCAAAACCUGAGCCAUCUUCAGCUCCUACACCCUAUAUGUUGAAUUUUGGUGCAACAGCAACAGCAGCAAGCCCCGAGUCUCACGGGGCCUCAAGUGAAUCCUCCGAUGAGAAUGGCGGUAGCACACUUAAUCGGGGCCCUGGACUCUACAGUAACCCUGGUCAACCUAUGCAUAGUACGCAGAUGUACCACCACCUAUGGGCUGGCCAAAUGCAACAAUGAAGAUGCUUCCAACUUGACAGUACAGCUUCAAGAUAUGACUUGUUUAUUGUUCUACCACCAUAGCCAGUAGAUGAAAAUUUUCAGAAUGCUAACGGGCAUUGUUGAGUAUGAUCAGUAGAGAUGGUUUUUUUUUUUUUUUUCCCUCUCUCUCUCUCAUUUUUCUUUUCUAAUUAGAUCAGUUUCCUUUUUUCCGUACGUUAUGGAGUCUCCACUCCAUGUUGAAAGCUCUUUCAAAUAGCAUGAGCGUUGAAAGUAUUCAAUUAGACUAGAGUGCUAGUUCCUUAGUUUUUUUCAUCUGAUUUAGUCAUAAUCUAGUUCCGCGUCGCUUUUCGUAUCCAUAUGUUUGCUUUUCCCCCAACUUGUAAUAGGCAUUAUAUGUUCCACAGUGGGCUGGAACUAGAGAAUGAGAUUGUGAAGUAAUUUCUUAAAUACCGGUUUGCUUCGCAAUGGUUUUUUCCUAACCGUGGCUUUCCAUGUUGAUGGAAGGGACUGUCUUAUGUGCAGGUUCAGCACAAGCUACCUUUUGCGUC